AUGAGCUGCAGCAUCAAGAGAACAUCCAGUACCUCUUACAGGAGUGGUGGCAAUGGUGGUGGCAGUGGCAGGAGUUCCUCUGCCUCCUGCAGGAGAUAUGCCUCCUCUGUGGCAGGUGCUGGCAGCUAUGGCUAUGGCUAUGGCGGGGGAGCUUGUGGCAUCGGCUAUGGAGGGGGCAUGAGCUCUGCCAGCCUUGCUGGGGGCUUUGGGGGUCUCUUUGCAGGAGGUUCAUAUGCUGGGGGGGAUGGUCUUCUGAAUGGCAAUGAGAAGGUCACCAUGCAGAACCUCAACGACCGCCUGGCUGCUUAUCUGGACAAAGUGAGGAUGCUGGAGGAAGAAAACGCUCAGCUGGAGCAGAGCAUCCGGGAGUGGUACCGCAAACAGGCACCCACUGACUCCAAGGACUACAGCUCCUACUACCAGACCAUCGAACAACUCCAGAACCAGAUAAUUUCUGCCACAGUGGACAAUAACAGGUUGCUCCUGGACAUUGAUAACAGCAAGAUGACUGCUGAUGACUUCCGAAUGAAGUAUGAGAAUGAGCUGGUCAUCCGUCAGACUGUGGAGGCUGACAUUAAUGGCUUGAGAAAUCUCAUGGAUGACUUAACUCUGGUUAGAUCUUCACUGGAAUUAGAGCUGGAGUCCUUGAAGGAUGAGCUGAUUGCUCUGAAGAGAAACCAUGAGGAGGAACUCAGACAGCUGCAGUCUCAAACUGGUGGUGAUGUGAGCGUGGAGGUCAACGCUGCCCCUGGAGUAGAUUUGACAAAGAUACUGAACGACCUGAGAAGUGAAUAUGAGCAGAUCAUUGAGAAGAACCGCAGAGAGGUUGAGCAGUGGUAUGAAGUCAAGAUUGAAGAAGUCAAUCGCCAGGUCACCACGAGCAGCCAGGACAUGGAGACGAGCAGCCACCAACUCACUGAACUGAAACGGGAAAUGCAGAACCUGGAGAUCGAGCUGCAGACACAGCUCAGCACGAAAUCCUCUCUGGAAAGCUCCGUGGCAGAAACGGAUUCCCGCUAUGGCUGCCUGCUGCAACAAAUCCAAGGGCAGAUUAAUGCUGUAGAAGAGGAGCUGGCCAGCAUCCGCUGUGAGAUGGAGGGUCAGAACCAGGAGUACCAGAUGCUCCUGGGUAUCAAGACCCGUCUGGAGCAGGAGAUUGCUCAGUACCGGGCACUGCUGCAGGAGGGACAGCAAGACCUUGCGUAUGUAUCCCAUAUUAUAGCAAGUUAA